AUGGAGAAGUACUUUAAUAACAAGAAACAAAAAGAGAAUGAAGGAACACCAGAAAAUUUAUUGAUUGAGGAACAACAGAAUCAGAAUGAUAAUGACAAUGUGGAUGAGCAGAAAGAGAACGAGGAAAUGAUUGAACCUACCAAUGUGGAGAAUCAAAGCAGAAUGAGUUGUGAGCAACUUCACGUGGAGAACAAUGGACUUUUUUUGCAAAUGAUAGAAAUGGUUGCUGAAUUUGACCUAAUAAUAAGAGAACACAUUCGACGUGCUCAAGCACACGCAAGUCAUGAGGAGCAAAUGUCUCUAGUAAUACGAUGUGUGGAUGAAUCAAUGGACUCGUCGAUGGUAAAAGAGUAUUGGAUUGAAUUUUUGAAAGUGGACGAUACAUCAGGACUUGGAUUGUCCACUGAACUUACAAAUGUGUUAACGAAUCUUAAACUUGAUGUUGAUAAUAUAAGAGGUCAAGGGUAUAAUAAUGGAGCUAACAUGAGCGGGAGACAUAAAGGUGUACAAAAAAGGUUACUUGAAACAAAUCCUAGAGCUUUCUAUACUCCAUGUGGUUGUCAUAGCCUGAAUUUAGCAUUAUGUGAUAUGGCAAAUUAUAAGGUUGAAGGUCUGACACUUAAGCCAUUGUCAGAAACACGUUGGGAAAGCCAUGUGAAAAGUGUCAAGCCUAUAAAAGAGCAAUAUGUACAAAUAAGAGACGCUUUACUUGACUUGAUAAAUAUUGCUAAAGAUCCUAAAACAAAGAGUGAAGCUGAGUCAUUAGCAACACAUGAACCUGAAAAUUUUGAGUUCUUACUUGGUAUGAUCAUUUGGUAUAAGUUGUUGCAUGCUUUAAAUACUGUUAGUAAAUUUUUUCAAGCCGAAAAUAUGGAUAUUGAUGAGGCCAUCAAACUUUUAGAAGCACUUAUUUUGUUUCUCGAAAAUUAUAGAGAAUCUGGAUUUGCCAGUGCCAUGGAUGAAGCUAAACAAAUAGGAGUUGAAAUGGGAAUUGAAGCUGUUUUUCAAGAGAAACGUAAUAUUCGAAGAAAGAUGCAGUUUGAUGAAAGUGGUAGUGAAGAGGUAACACAAUCAGCUGAAGAAUCUUUUCAAGUUGAUUAUUUUCUCUUUAUAAUUGACCAAGCUCGAUCUUCACUUCAAACUAGUUUGUUGAAAUCUUGUAAGAAUCUUGAGCAGUAUUUGAGCCAUAAUGGACAUUCAGACAUUAUUGGUGAUAACUUAUGUACGAAGUUUUUAGUUUUGAAGUGCUAUUUACCUGGAGAAAUAAAAAGAGUAAUUGAUGUACUAAAUCACCUGAAGAAAAUGAAUGCUUGUUUUCCGAAUGCUUGCAUUGCUUACAAGAUUUUGCUCACUAUACCAGUUACAUUACAUCAGCAGAAAGAACGAAGAUUGAAUGGAUUGGCUAUGUUGUCCAUUGAAGAAGAAAUAGUUAAAGAACUCGACUAUACAAAAUUGAUUGAUAUUUUUGCCUCAAAAACUGCAAGACGAGUUGUAUUUAAGUGA